UCCUGCUCUGACUGCAGCUGGGAGGGUCUGCUGCGCGAGGACUGGGCCGCCUGUGAGUGCAUUGGGCCGCCUGUGAGUGCUUUGGGACGGGGUGGGACCCACGGCAGCACCCGCUGCUCGUUGAGCAGACUAUCCAACAGAGGAUAAAGAAGAUUAAUAUUCUCUCAACCCCCGAACUAUUCAUUAGAAAGGAGCAAGAGACAGACUGCACACAGAAUGAGCUCAUCUGCUCCCAGGAUGGUGAACAACUACAAGCGGACUUCCAGUCCUCGGUCUCCUACGAACAGUGGGGAGCUCUUCACUCCAGCGCAUGAGGAGAAUGUGCGCUUCAUCCAUGACACCUGGCAGUGUGUGCUCAGAGACAUCCGGUCACCACAGAGCAGUGAACGCAAAGACCGUGGACCACAGGAGUAUGUGGAAAAGAACCCAAAUCCCAACUUAAAUUCUUUCACACCAGUUGACCUGAGUGACCUCAAGAAACGCAACACACAGGACUCCAAGAAGUCCUAGUCUUUCUCUUUAUAGUCAAAAGCUUUUUUUCUGCACCAAUUAUCCUUGAGAACUUUCUCCUCCUCUGUCAGCCAGCAAGUCAACCUUUUGGCCAUUCCUGCCCAGAAUGCCGGUCCUCUUUCUGCCCACCUGGACUAACAGCCUGCCCAUUCAACAGCAGUGGGCUGAUGUCCUAACAACCACAAUAUUUUUGGAGUUCCUUAUCCACCCCAGUCCCCCCCUCUCUUUCUCUGUCCAGGCUGGAUAUUUUCUUACCCUACCUCUCAUCUGGUUGAUGUGGAAUGCAAGAAAGCUGGCAUUUGAUUUCCAGGGAUUCUCUCUUCCGGUUCUUGGUUUUACAGCCAUGAAUUUUUCAUUUUCACUCUUUUUAUGUGAAUGGGACUGAUGCAGAGUUUCAAUGAAAUAUGCUGACAUCCUAAUGCCGAAGUACAGACUGUGUACAAAUUCUUCAUGGGACACUUUAAAGGACUGCAGUCUUAAAUAUAAACUGUUUUCUUUUCAAUCUACAAAGGAUAAUGCUGAAGGGCUGGCAUUCUUUUUUUGGAAGAUAGUUGAAUUGUAGAUAUAUUGGAAUGGAAUCCGAUUGUACGGGCGAGUUUUGGAAACCAAAAAUUGUUUAGGAUAAAUGCCAACAUUUUUCAUAUAAAUUCAUGCCCCUAAAAUGGACUUCAAGUAGACAUCUCCACAUUGACUUCCCAGCCUUGGAAAAAAAUAUUGAAUAAAAUACUUUUACAAUAUUUCACUCUCAAUGCAUUGGUCAUAGAUGUUCUGACCUAAAUUUUCUUUUUGGAUGUGUUACCUAUAUACUCACCAAUGAUGUAUGUAUGGUAAAUUGUUGUCUCAUGCUCUUUGUUUUGUUUGUGCAUUGUUACUGAAAACAGUGUAAUGGGCUACUGAACAAAAAUAUAAUUGCAACAAUUUCAAAGA